AUGAAACCCACAUUAGCAAGACCAAAGCAAAAUUUAGGAAACUCAUCAACUAGUCUGUCGUCAAAGAUAUGGUUAAAUGGUAAAGGUUGUCCCCCCGGAACAGUUCCAAUUAGAAGAAUUACGAAAGAAGAUCUUAUUAGACAAAGAAAUAUGCCGCCACCAGAAGAUGUCACAUUUGAUGACCAAUUGGUUGCGACUAACAACAAGAGUGAGCCUAAAGGAAUAUACAGAUCUUCACGAGGAUACAAGGUUGCAAUAGCCCAGGCUGGAAAUAAUAAACAAGCCAAGUUUGCGGGAGCUGGAAUGACAGCUAGCAUAUGGAAUCCUCAUGUUGAAGGUCUGCAACAUAGUGCAUGUCGAUUGAAAAUUCAGAAAGGACCAGAUAUUAUUCAAGUUGGUUGGAGAGUGGACCCAACACUCUAUGGAGAUACCCAAACUAGGCUCUUUGUACAUUUUCAAGCCGGUAAUGAGCAUUGUUUCAAUACAUUAUGUCCUGGUUUUGUUCAAGUAAAUCCUGCGAUACCUGUUGAUAUGACAUUCAAAGAUGUGUCAAGCCGUGGAGAUCCAUGGGAAGAUACAAUGUCUAUCAAUCGGGAUCGAGCCAGCGGAAACUGGUGGCUUUAUAUGGAAGAAGAUCAUUCACCAGUUGGUUAUUGGUCUCAAAGGAUUUUCACUGGCUUGGCUAGUUUUGCGAUGAAUGUACAAUGGGGAGGAGUGGUAUAUAGUCCACCAAGUGUACCUGAACCUCCGAUGGGGUCUAGCUACUUACCCGUUGGAGACACUAAUUUGGACGCUUAUUGUAGGGAGCUUACCGUUUUAAAUGAUAAAGCUGCAAUGGCAACCGGUGUUGAUGGAAUAGGUACUUCAACUGUACCUCCAGUGAAUAAUGCAAAUUCCAGUACUGCAUUUCAGUUUACAACUACUACUCUGAAUAUCAAUCACCCUCUGUAUCUCUCAACUGCAGACAUCUCAGGUACUUUACUUGUUUCAUUUCAGUUACAAGGAAGUGAAAAUUAUGUAGUGUGGAGUAAAGCAGUUAGGAUUGCAUUAUUAGGUCGAAAUAAGUUUGGAGUGGUUGAUGGAUCUUGGAAGAAAGAAAUCUUCUCUACAGAUUUAGCUAACCAAUGGGAAAGGGUUAAUGCAAUUGUAUUGUCAUGGCUGGUGAAUUCAGCGUCUAGUAAACCUUCUUGGAGGGGUAGUACAUGCCUCGAAGGCUUGUGA